AUGUCAAACAACAACUCCAACAAAAACUCCAACAACAACGACAACGCCAACGGAAAGAUCACCAAUCCCCUCUACCUCCCACCCUCAGACCGCCCCGUCAUCGAUCCACAGCUCGAGGAAACUGUUCCAAGCGCCGGACAGCGUCCUCAGUACCCUGCUGUCGAGCCGCCCUCUCUCCCUGGAACGGCAUACCAGCUGGGUGGAGAGCAUGGUCGCUUGCCUGGUGCUCAGCAGCCAGACAGCCAGCUAAACACUUCCCAGCGAUCAGCAGCCAACCAGCAUGACCGUUUCGCCAGUGUCCAGCAGCAGGAUGCCCAAGCGGUGGCUUCUUAUAGAUCGCCGUAUCAGCCGCUGGGAGUGGGAGAAGGUGGUGGGUUUGCGGGUGGUUCUCAGAUUGCAGGGAGUGGGGAUUCGAGGCGGGGUGGUGAGCGGGUGGAAGGGGCUGAAGAUGGAGGAGCGCAGGGUUCGGAUGUUCAGCGAGCAGAGCCAGAGGUCGAGAAGCGUCAACCUGAGAGAGAGAAUCUCAACGCAGCCCAACAAAGCCUCCACCUCGCCACUACGACAUACGCCCAAGAACCGGAGGAUCCCCUCAACACGGCGGGGGAGAUGAUGGAUCAGAUGGAGAGGGAGAAGGAGAAGGAGAGUGAUGGGAAGGGAGGUGACGUGCCGGUUGCGUUAGCGGAUGCGGCUGGGAAGAGAAUGGAUUUGGGGAGGUGUAGGUAUUUGAGGUGUCGGAUGAAGGAUGGGGUGCAUGAGGUUUGGUGUAUUGGGGCGUGGAAGAGGGAGGGGGAGAAGGAUGGGCAGAACGAGCAGAACGAGGAGGGACAGGGGAAUGAGUAG